AUGAUUGCAGUCGUAUGGUUGUGGUCCCUCUUUUGGAGCUCUCCUCCAUUCUACGGUCGCUAUAUUCCAGAUGGACUUUUGACAUCCUGCAGCUUUGACUACCUUACAAACAACGUCAAAAACUAUACACAUGUGUCAGGAAUGUACAUUUUUGAAUUUCUAUUUCCUGUCGGCAUAAUUAUAUUCUGCUAUAUUCAAAUCGUGCUGUUUGUCAAGAUAAAAGCACGUAGAAUGGCCACCUUCAGGCGAGCUUCCAUUUCUGGCAAUUUCAACAGAAUGAAGUCAUGUAAGUUCUCAACUGACUUCUUUUAA